CGACGCGUCAUCACAAAAUGAACAGUACAUAUCAACUCGUUGACUUGGUAAUCAAGUAAACUUUAUUGGAGGUUUGUUAUAGGUUUGUUAUGAUAAAAAUGUCACUUUCAAAGUUUAAAAACAUGAUGUGCACAACCUUAACAAGGUCAAUGCCAGCAAUUGCAUUUUUUGGUAGAAUGGCAUUUGCCCUUGUCUUUAUCAUCUCUGCUGUCCAAGAUUAUGCUGAUCAUUUUGGUGGCGGUGGUGGGCCGCUCGAGAAAACAGUUGGACCACUAGUAAAUGUGAUGACCAAAUAUGGCUCUAAGGUUCUCACUUUCUACUCCGGGAUGCAAGUGGUCGCAUUCGAUGUUAGACUUUUAGAGUUUUCGCUCAUAACCGCAAAGGGAACCGCAGCCUUGUGGUUCAUCUUUGGACAAUCCAUCCCAGCUUACUUCUUAGGUCUGGGCAUUCGGGGUCCCAAUCGGCUGGCAACGCAAAUCCUCUCAACUAUUAUUCGUUUCCCUACCAACUUGAACGACUUCACUCAGAACUUGACUUUAAUCGGGGCGUUGCUCUAUUACAUUGGAUUGAAGCAUGACAUUGACAACCUCGACGAGGCAGAUAAGAGCAAGGAGGAGAAGGAAAAGGAAGAUGACAAGCCCUCUACUUCCAAAGCCAAAGCAAACUGAACUUCACAAACUCUGUUGCUUUAUUCCGGCAGUUCACACUAUGUAUUUUACCUUCUUUUUUGGUUAAUCAGACCGCUCUUUGAUAUCAGUUCUCGAUCAAAUGUUUUGCAUUUUGUUAUGUUUUCUGGUUCAUGUAUUAAAUUAUUCACCGUAUUAAACGUAACACAAUGUGAAUAUUUCUAAUCUCUGGUAUUGUCUGCAUACAAAAAAAAACGAUUGUGGAAUUAAAAUUUCCGUUGUUACUUGCUCCAACCUUGGAUAAGGUUAAAUUCAGUGAUCAUGGUUCAGUAUAGUUACUACUCGGAAAUAUUUUUUGAAAACGGUUAAUAAAGCCAACUAACAAGAGAGCUCUUAGGAGAUGAAGACAAGACAUGCAAUCAGAGAGAGAUUGGGUAGAGAGUGCAUUGGUGUUUUCUUUGUCAAUGUUGGAGGGUUUCAUUUAUUACUGGAAUUGCUUGUUUGUGUGCAAAAAUGCAUUUUUUGUUUUGUUUGUUUUAAUAUUGAUAGAAUAUUUAAUGGGCAGGCUCAUGGGUUCUGGGCCUUCUUAUUCUAUAUCUUGAAUAUUAGUUUGUUAUAAAUGUAUAUAUCUGAAUAGAGAUUCAAACAUGUCAGGUGUUCGAGAACAAAUCAAAUGGAAAAAUGUAAAAUUGGUAGUGAAUAUAUACGGUGCUUCUGUUCUUUGAUUAUAUAUUCAUAUUCCUUCUCUAUAUAGUUUGUACUUAGCUCUUAAAUCCUGAUUGAUAUACUUGAUUUUUUGUGACAAUAUUUCUUUUUUUGCCGGAUAUAUAAAUACACCAAAAGCUAAACUAUAAGAUUCAAGUAAGUUUGGGUCUUAUAUCUAUAAUCCCUCUGAAACUCAAAUUAAGUAUUAAAAUUUUUUGAUUUAUAGAAUAAUCAGUCCUACGACAAGAGGUUUGAAUCCGCAGCACACAAAAAAAAAACACAAUUCAGGUCCUAGUACUACCACCAACGCUUUGGUAUAGUAUUGUUUUAAUGUUUUGAAAAUCAAGUUGGUGAUUAGAAAGGGACAAAGGGCUCUAGUAAUGAACAAGAAGAUAAAGAUAAAGACAUGUAAUUGUUAGGAAAACCAUCUCUAUCGUAUGUCAUUGACGGGAUAAGAAGUAGACAAGACUUAUGUUAUAUACAAUAUUUUGGAUA